AUCUCUCUUUCUUUAAUGAUCUCUUCUUCAUUACGCUCACAACAGUAGAAUUCUUUUCUUCUUUCUCAAUAACAUCAAAAAAGUUCUCUUCAGCUCCCUCUUCAUUACGAUCACAAAUGGAGAAAUUUUUUCUUGUUUCUUACUAACACCAAAAAAGAAAAGCUCUCUGUAUUGAGAAAAAUGUUUAGCACCAACUACUCUGUAAUGGAGGCUCCACUAUUUCUCUUACAUUUCUAUUCUUCCAGUGGUGUUAGCAUUGCACCUGUGUUUAUAUCUUUUGAGCGAUGGAAGAGUCGAGACCAUUUAACCGGGCUUUAAUUGCUGCUGCUGCUGGUGCUAUUUCCGGUGGCAUAUCCAGAACGGUAACAUCGCCAUUGGAUGUUAUAAAGAUUAGAUUUCAGGUUCAGUUGGAGCCAACUUCAUCAUGGGAAUUACUUCGUAAAGGGGUGCAUGAAUCCUCAAAAUAUACUGGGAUGAUGCAGGCAACUAAAGCCAUUCUCGGAGAAGAGGGUUUACCGGGUUUUUGGCGCGGUAAUGUCCCAGGGCUACUCAUGGUCAUGCCGUAUACUUCUAUACAAUUUAUGGUGUUGCACAAGAUUAAAACAUUUUUCUCGGGUUCAUCUAAAGCAGAGGAUCAUGUUCACUUACGUCCGCACCUAUCUUACGUAAGUGGAGCAUUAGCGGGCUGUGCAGCAACUGUCGGCUCAUAUCCAUUUGAUCUAUUACGAACGAUUUUAGCCUCACAAGGGGAGCCAAAGGUAUAUACAACCAUGAGAUCUGCUUUUGUUGAUAUCGUAAGAAGUCGUGGCUUUCGAGGGUUAUAUCCCGGGUUAACACCAGCUUUGCUUGAGAUCAUUCCUUAUGCUGGAGUGCAGUUUGGCACUUAUGACACCUUUAAACGCUGGACAAUGCGGUUGAACAGGCCCCAAUCGCUCGAUCGAGGUUCAAAUCUUACAUCUGAAAGUCUAUCUAGCUUCCAGCUUUUUGUGUGUGGGUUAGCUUCUAGUACAUGUGCCAGAGCUGUCUGCCACCCCCUUGAUGUGGUCAAGAAGAGGUUCCAGAUUGUAGGACUUCAUAGGGACAUAAAGUAUGGAUCUCGAGUUGAGCAACAUGCUUAUAAUGGCAUGUGUAAUGCCCUGAGGUGCAUCCUGGUAACUGAAGGGUGGGCUGGUCUUUACAAGGGUAUUAUCCCUUCUGUAAUCAAAGCUGCUCCAGCUGGUGCAGUCACAUUUGCUGCUUAUGAAUACACAUCAGAAUGGUUAGAAUCCCAUUCGUCUCGAAAUGGAGCUUGAUUCAUUUUAUACUACUGUACGUUACAUUUUUUACCCAGGUUAUUUCAAAAACGCAGCGGCAAGGAAUAGAGAGUGAGCUUGUUUGCUUGAAUCCAUUCCAAAAGCUACUGCCAGGUUAAUAGGCCAUGAUUAUUUGUUAUCAGAAGGUUAACCUUCGUAAUUUUGUUAAUAUAAUUUAACUUU